AUGUCUGACGAGCAGAAAGAGGUUAAUGUUGAGGUUGAUGUGAAGGACUUGGAACAGGCACUUUCCAAUGUCCUCUCUGGCCACAUUCCCGAAGAUGACGGCAUGAAGGAAAUUAUGCUCAGAUCCUACAGGGCCAACGAGCAGGAGAAGCAGAUUGGUGUGAGGGAGGCAUGCAGAAGGUAUCCCAGAGCCGUGUUCUGGACGAUUAUCUUCUCGCUCGGUGUGAUCAUGUGUGGCUAUGACGCGCAGAUCAUCAGUUCCUUCUAUGCCUUGCCAGCCUUCCAGAAGAAGUACGGAGACUAUGUUGGAGACGACACCUGGGCUGUGAGUGCUGCAUGGCAAUCUGGUCUCUCUAUGGGUUCGCCUAUCGGUCAGGUUGUUGGUACUCUGGCUGCUGGCCCUCCUAUUGAAUGGUGGGGCAGAAAGAAGUGUUUUGCUGCUGUCAACGUGCUCUGUAUCGGUUUCGUAUUCAUGCAAUUUUUUGCCCCUAACAUCAAGGUGCUUUGCGCUGGUGAAAUCUUGUCUGGUAUGCUUUGGGGAGUGUGUGUGCUAAUUGGACCCACAUAUGCUUCCGAAGUUGCACCUACUUCCCUGCGUGGUAUCCUGACUGCUGGUACCAAUCUGGCUUUCGUCAUUGGCCAAUUGAUUGCGUCUGGUAUCACCAAGGGUCUUUCUACCAACAACAGCCAAUGGGCCUACAGAAUCCCCUUUGGUGUUCAGUGGGUCUGGCCAGUCAUCAUCCUGGCUGUCAUCUUCUGGGCUCCAGAGUCUCCAUACUGGCUGGUUCGCCAGAACGACAUGGAGGGAGCCAAGGCUGCUCUGAGAAAGCUUGCCUGGUCUGUGGACGAAGAAGAGAUUGAGAGAAAUCUGUCUUUGAUUAAGGAGACUGACGCCUUGGAAAGAGAGAUGGAAAACAAAACCUCUUACUGGGACUGCUUCACCGGAAUCGACCGUUUCCGUUCUGAAAUCUGCAUCAUGGUGUAUUCUAUUCAGGUCAUUGGUGGUAACCCACUGAUCGGUUAUGCAACCAACUUUUUCGAGGUUGCAGGUUUGCCUACUGAUAAAGCCUUCGACAUGUCGCUUGGUAUGACUGCUAUGGGCUUCGUCGGAACCGUUCUAUGUUGGCCAUUGUUGGAGAAGGUCGGUAGAAGACCCAUGUAUCUGUUCGGUAUAGGGUGUAUGACCAUUUUGCUGUUCAUCAUUGCCUUCCUGGACUGUGCCAAAAACUAUUCGGCCAAGCCAGGUCUCGCGUGGGCGCAGGCUAGUAUCAUGGUGGUUUGGACUUUCCUUUACCAGGCCACUUCAGGUCCAUUGACCUUCGUUCUGAUUGGUGAAAUCCCAUCUACCAAGCUCAGAGGUAAGACGAUCGCUAUUGCUACUGCGAUUCAGUCUCUUUGCUCCAUUGUCACUACCGUUGCCCUUCCAUACAUGUUCUCUGCUGAAGAGGCUAACAUGAGAGGUAAGGUUGGAUUUGUGUUUGGUGGUAUCUGUAUCUUCUGCUCGAUCUGGGCUUACUUCAGAUUGCCAGAGACCAGAAAUAGAACUUUCGAAGAUCUGGAUAUCAUGUUCUACAGAAAGGUUCCUCCCAGACAUUUCAAGAAGUAUGUGAUCGUUGACUCCAAGACUCUAGAUGGCGAGGCCGAAUCAGCAUAA